AAGGUGAAGUUUCUAAAAAAAAAAUCCUUCUGUUGUGUAUCCCCGAUUAAUGUAGCCUCAGAUGUUUCAAUUGUCGAUUCUAGCAUUGAGCGAAAAGGCUACACCUAUAGCUAUGGGUUAUGUAUUGCAGGUUAAUCCUGCUCCACUAGUACCACUAUGCAGCAUAGAGGAAGAAGCACUACGCUUAGGAAUCAACAGCAUGAAAACUUUGCUAUAAUUUCCCUUUUCCUUAUUGGGAUCGGGACUAAGAAGAAUGGUUGGCACAACAAAUAUCCAUCUCAUUCAUGCUUUGGAUACCCCAUAUAACCAUCGAAGACUGUUGAAGUGACUAAUUCCUAGAAAUUAAGGGAUGUUGAGGACAAAGAAAUUGUUGGAGUUAACGUAACAUUUUUCUAUUUUUAUAUAGUACCAACAUCUUGGAUGUUAAUAAACGAUCUUUUGCAGGAAGGUUGGCUAGAGAUUUCUUGU